GAGACCAGGAGCUCGAGCGUUUCACAUGAAUGCGCGCGUCAAUCACUUUCUCCUCAGGUGUCUGUUUUAACGACUUUUUUUUUUUUUUUUUUAAGUUUUAAACUAUAUAAAAACUCUCAUACAGAGAAAUAAACUUAUGCGUUCUGUCACCUGAAGGAUUAUUUUGCUGUAAACUAUGUAGGGAAUUAUUUUUUUGGCGGUUAGAGUGACUUUUUUUUUUGAUGUUACAGUUAUAAAAAAAAAUCUCAGAGACGUUAUUUUGCAGUGUAACGGUCAUUUUUUUAAAUAAACAGCGAGGCAUGACGUGAAAAGUAGCAGCUCUAACUGGAUAGUAGGUUCAUUUCUGCCGUGGUGUAGAGGUCAGGAGCGGUAUUUCGAGGCUGUUGGCCGGGUUUUGAGUUUGACAUGCUGGGUGUGUUGUGGCUGGCGGGCUGCUCGGCGCUGCUGGCCCUGACGGCCGGGUUCAACGCGGAGAGAUGCAGAAAUUUAUCGGUGUCCUUAAACGUGGUGCUGCUGGAGGAUGAAGAUUCACUGUGGAGCUUAAAGUAUGUUCGCUUUGCUGUGGAAAAAGCCAUCGAGGCGGAAAAUCAAAUUAAUAACCUAACAGGCCUGAACUUCAGGAUCACAAGCAACUUCCGAGGGUUUAACACCACGUAUUACAGACGCCGAGGGUGCGGGAGCAGCACGUGUGAAGGAGUGGAGAUCCUCAAAUCGCUACAUAACACCAGUGAGGUCGGCUGUGCGAUGCUUGGACCUUCCUGUACAUACGCCACGUUCCAGCUGGUGGAUCAGGAGGUGGGUUUGACUCUGACCAUCCCUGUAAUAUCUGCGGGGAGUUUCGGCCUGUCCUGUGACGGCAAGGAAAAGCUGACUCGUCUGCUGCCUCCGGCCCGGAAAAUCUCGAGCUUCUUUGUUAAUUUCUGGAAUGUGACGAUACCCAGGCUCAAGCCCAAACGCUGGAAGACGGCUUACGUCUACAAACAACAGAGCAUCUCUGAGGAGUGCUUUUGGUACAUCAAUGCGUUGGAAGCGGCGACGGCUCAGUUUUCCACGCUGAUCCACAGGAAGGUGCUGCGCACUAAAGAAGAGAUCUCUUCUGCUUUGUCAGAUGCAAACAGACACAGCAACAUCUUCAUCCUGUGCGGAGGCCCGGACGACAUCGUGUCCGUUAAAAACGGGACGAACGUGAACAAGGACAUCGCCUUCAUCCUUAUAGACAUUUUUAAUCAUGGAUAUCACAUCAACACAUCAUCGUAUGACUUUAUGAGGGACGUCCUGGUGCUGACGAUGCACAGCAUGCGCAACUACAGUCUCCCCGACUGGCCCUACAAUUCCACCAUGCUGAAUGAUUACAUUGCAGGUUAUUAUGACGGCGUGGUUCUCUUUAGUAAAGUGAUGAGGGAGAUGUUACUCGCAAGUGAGGGCCUGGGCUUAGGAAACAACACCAUCAACAUCUCCAGCGACAACCCCUUCCGAAACCUGUCCUUUGAGGGUUUGGGCGGUCGCUAUGAUUUGGAUGAAAGUGGAGACAGAAACUUGAAUUUUUCAUUGAUGUACACAACCAACACGAUUCAGUAUAAGACAUUGUUUCUAUUCGACACGUCAAACGACAAGACGACGCUGAACCACAAUAACCCUGACCUGCCCUGGCCAGGCUCUCGACUGCCUGACGACAGACCUGCUAACGGCCUGGAGACGCACGAUAUCAUAAUGAUUGUGCUUGGAAUCAGCGUUGUACUUGCUACCGCUAUUGCUUUGAUCUUCUACAGACAGAACAGGAGGCAGCGCUUCGAUCAGAAGAAAUGGUCUCAUAUAAACUCAGAACUCAUCACACCCCUAGACAACAAAGAGUCAAGCUACAUUUCUCUCAAAAUCGAUGAGGAUAAGAGGAGAGACAGCACAUAUCAGAUUCGGAGAGGACGCUACGACAAAAAGCCUGUGAUUCUCAAAGAGCUGAGGCACUCUGAUGGAAAUUUCUUGGAAGAACAGCGCAUUGAACUCAAUGCUCUGCUGCGGAUCGAUUACUAUAACCUCACAAAGUUCUACGGCACGGUGAAGUUUGAAUACGGAGUGUUUGGCGUGUUUGAGUACUGCGAGAGAGGUUCUCUGAGGUAUGUCCUCAACGAUAAGAUCUCAUACCCAGAGGAGAGCUUUAUGGACCUGGAGUUUAAAAUCUCCGUCAUGUAUGACAUCGCAAAGGGUAUGUCUUACCUGCACUCCAGUAAUAUAGAGAUGCACGGGAGGCUGAAAUCCACCAACUGCGUGGUGGACAACCGCAUGGUGGUGAAAAUCACAGACUUUGGCUGCAAUACUAUUCUGACACCAGGGAAAGACCUGUGGACCGCUCCUGAGCACAUGCGCGUGCUGGGGAUCUCUCAGAAAGGAGACGUCUACAGUUUUGCUAUAAUCGCUCAUGAGAUCAUUCUGAGAGAGUGUCCUUUCUACACUGAGAGCUGCUCCGAUGUGGCAGAGAAACUGUACCGAGUUCAGUGCCCGAGUGGACCUAACGUCUUCAGACCUGACCUCAACUUUGAGACUGCUGGAGAGAAAGAAGUGGAGCUCUAUGUGCUGAUUAAGAGCUGUUGGGAUGAGGAUCCGGAAAAGAGGCCAGACUUUAAGAAGAUAGAGAACUCUUUGGGGAAGAUCUUCAGUAACCUACACGUCCAGGCCAAUGCUAGCUACAUGGACAACCUGAUCCGACGGCUGCAGAUGUACUCACGCAACCUGGAGCAUCUGGUGGAGGAGAGAACCGCACUGUACAAGGCAGAGAGAGACCGAGCUGACCAGCUCAACUUCAUGCUGCUUCCUGGGCCUGUGGUGCGCUCCCUGAAGGAGACGGGUUGCGUGGAGCCAGAGUUGUUUGAUGAGGUCACUAUUUACUUUAGCGAUAUUGUGGGCUUCACCACCCUCUGCCACUACAGCACGCCCAUGGAGGUGGUGGACAUGCUCAACGACAUGUACAAAAACUUUGAUAGCAUCCUCGACAGCCAUGACGUCUAUAAGGUGGAAACUAUAGGCGAUGCGUACAUGGUGGCGUCUGGUCUGCCUCGGCGGAAUGGGAACAGGCACGCGGUGGACAUCUGUCUCAUGGCUCUGGAUAUUUUGGAGUUCAUGGGAACAUUUCAGCUCCGGCACCUACCAGGAAUACCGCUGUGGAUCCGUAUAGGCGUCCACUCAGGACCCUGUGCAGCAGGUGUCGUGGGGAACAAAAUGCCACGGUACUGCUUAUUUGGAGACACAGUGAACACUGCUUCACGAAUGGAGUCCACAGGACUGCCUCUGAGGAUCCAUGUGAGUCAGUCCACAAUUAAUAUCCUACAGAGGACAGACUGUCAGUUUGAGUAUGAGGCAAGAGGAGAGACCUUCCUCAAGGGUAAAGGAAAGGAGAUGACGUACUGGCUGAAAGGUGUAACAGGACAGAAGUACAACCUGCCCACUCCACCAACAGCAGAGAACUUCCAGCGCCUGCAGCAGGACUUGGCCGAUCUGAUCGUCUCCACGCUUGCUAAACGAGGGAACGAGAUAAGAAAAACUCUCUCCACACGCCAUCGCAGGAGCCAGAGACACGGCAGCGACGGCUUACCCGAGUACCUGCACCUGACUGACCCCAGCACUUACCUGUAGCUCAUACACACACACACACACACACACUACUAAUCCCAAAAAUUGGAUGGACAAUUGAGUAUUAGGAUCAGACUCAAAACCCAGUUUUGCAAUCCCUCUGCUCUGACACAGUUUAGCUCAUCAUAUGUGUGUCCAACAAAAUGCCAGUUUGCGUGCGAGACGCGAGGACAGAUCCUCCUGAAGGUGAGAAUUAGGAUAUGAUGUUUUCCACUUAAACAUCCCUAUGCCUUCAUUUGCAUAACAUUCGAUUACUGUUUCAGUCAUACAAGUCAUUAGUUACUGCUAUCGCGGUCCGCUGCAGCGACAGAAAAUCAGUCUGUAUGUGUUUUCAUUUUUUGCAUUAAUCUCAGUAAAAAAAGAAAUCAGAUUUAUUUAACAAACAAACUUUUAAAAAAUUGGCACAUGAUUUAAAUGUGUACAAUAAUAUUUUGGCUAUUUAUUGGAGCCAGACAGUUUUUUUUUUCUUCUAUUUUUCAUCUUUCCAACUAUAGAACCCUUUUUUUAUUUUAUUAAAAUUGUCAUAUUCCCAUUGACAUUAUUUAUAUAACUCUGAGUUGUGAUUUCCACUAUUGCAACAAAAUUUGAAAAUCGCAGACCCCUUAAUGAACCCUACGUUUUGAGAACCAUGAAUGUAAUAUUCUCUGCUUAUCUUAUUCACGCAAAUACAUGAAAGCCAACUGAUACAUGGAAUUAAUCAUGCUUCAAUAGUUAUCAUACCUGUAAACAAAAAUACCGCUUUAUGUGAAAUAUCAAGCAGAAAUCACCAACGGAAAUCUCCAUUCUGAAGAGAAAGAGUGCUGUAUAUAAAACGUCAUCUUUACACUGUAUACUUUUAUAUAUAAGGCGUGUCAUGGCUUCUGUAUGUUCUCAGACACUCAUGUUUAACAGACUGAAGGUUCUCCACAAGGAGGCGCUAGUUCAUGAGCACACGGUUCUCUCGUCAUGCGACAGGUGCGAAGAACGUGCUUCUUAGUAAGGUUGGGAGUUUCGGUAGACUUUGUAUCAAAGGUAGUGUGUGUGUUCUUGCUUUCUCUAAGCCCAUUAAGUACACUGUAAGUACAUUAACCGCACCAUGUUAAUAAACGAACAUGAUCAAAAUGGACACGUGUUAUAGGGUCAGCCGUGCACGCAAGAUUGAAUAUAAAAUAAACGAGGUUUUGCAGUCUUUUUUUUUUUUUUUUUAAUGGCUGCAAGUCAGCAAGUGGAUGUUUUUAUAAUGUUCUAGAAAAAAAAACAUUUUACAUGUACGAGUUGCAGCGCUGUGGUCUUCGGUUGCCGUUCUAUCGUCAGCAUGAGGAUCACCAGGACGUUUAAAAGAGACGUUAUAUAAGAUUCAGAUCUAUAAACACGUCGCUUAGGAGACAUUCAGUAAAAAUGUUUUUUGAAAUAUCAUGUGUGGAUUUACGACUGGAUGAAAGAUGGCAAAAACAACCCAGAGUUCAACGGCGUGUCGCAGAUUACUCUGGUCAGCUCUGUGCUUCGUUUUUGUGGUUUAUGUAUACUUGUAAAAAAAAAAAAAAAAAAAAAAAUCAACGAUUUUUAAAAUUGAGGUUUAAGUGUACUUGUAAAAAAAUUUUCCAAACUCUUACUGUUGAUGUCUCUCUUUGCUCUGUUGUGUACAGUAUCUGAUUCUGUUGUGUGAUCAGGAUGAUUGACAGCAUAGUGCUCCAAAUGACCUGUAUUGAGUAUUUUUGUUUAUUAUGUACUAUAUAAAAUUAAAUAUAUAAAACUAUAAAACUUGGUAAGUAUUUUUAUCUUUUUCUUGCCUAUUAUUUGCUAACACACCAAGCCAUGACGAGUCCUGCUUCUGGACAUCUCCAAUGUUUUCAGUAGCGUGUUCUUCACACGCUGUGAUGACAUCCUGUAGGACAAUAGAUAUUUUUCCCCUGAUGUGAUCCCUAAAGAAUAUAAUAUUCAUG